AUGCUCACCGAACAAUUCGUAGCCGCGAUAUCCGCGUCGACGAAGCCAAAUACGGGCGUCACCAAAGAUGCGGGUAUCUUUGUCCACGAGUACCAGCCGCUGGCGGCUCAACGGCAUGUCUUCAAGAAGAGCGCGGCUGCGCCCAAUGGCAUUGCUGUGAGCAGCUCGCAUAUCUUCGCUGCUCAGUCAGACAAGGCAAUCGUACAUGUAUACAGCCGGGAGAAAGGCAAUCAAGAAGCCAUCGUGCCCUUCCCUGAGAGGAUCCAUAGCAUUGCGCUCGCAGCGCAGGACACAGUCCUACUGCUAGGGACUGAGAGCGGGCGAGUGCUGGCAUGGGAGAUCUGCUCAGGUCGCCUCGUUUCCACAUCCACUGCGCAUCUCCAACCCGUAACCUGCAUCGUCGUUGAUCCGUCCUCCAACUACUUCCUGUCAGGCUCCUCAGAUGCCAUGAUACACGUAUGGGCGUUGCCCUCGAUACUCUCUUUCUCCCCCGACACUUCGCGCACUCCUGUCCAUACCCUCUCGACCCACCGCGGCCCUAUAUCGUCCAUCGUCUGCGGACACAGCUCGAGUACCGCAAACAUCGCCGUGUCAAUAUCGGGGGAUAAAUCUGCCAUUGUAUGGGACUAUCACAAUGGGCAAGCGCUGAGGACGUAUCUGCUCCAGGAGACGCCUACGGCAGUAGCCCUCGAUCCGGCAGACCGGGCUUUCUACGUCGCUUACGGAGACGGUAGCUUGCAAACGAUAGACUUCUACGACGAGGUGCAGAGGACAACCUCGAUCGAUCUUCUUCGUGAGGCUUCUUCUUCUCACCGCCCGAUACAACCUUCGCCGAAGACACGCUUCAACGCCGAGUCGCAGAAGCUCGGUGGGGCGCUCAGUCUCAGCUUGAGUUGGGAUGGUACAACACUCAUCUCAGGUCAUGCGAGUGGCAAGAUCGCGACGUGGGAUAUUGCAAAGAGCAAUUACCUCUCCACCUUGACAAACUUCCCGGGCCCUGUCUCAAACCUGCAGUUUCUUGCACCGACGGGCUUUCCCAACCCGCGGGAACCGACCUUCAAGAUCCAGACCAUUGUCAAACCAAAACACGAUGCAGGACUUACAAGCAGCGGAAAUGGGCUUGUGCCGUCGAACUACACUUUGAGUAUGCAAUUCACGGGUCGGUUACGCAGCCCCCACGUGUCCGCCACAGAUGGGAGAUCAACCAAAAAAAGCUUAUUUGAGGAGGCUCUUACGCAUCCCAGUUUUCCCGCCGGCAUGCUAGAAGAGAGCCUAGCCGAAUUAGAGACGUGGGGUGCUGCAUCGAAAGGCAACUCUGCUCCAGCAGCGGACUUUAUGGCUUUGGCUCAAGACGACAACGCUAAUGCAUCGAGUUCUUCUACUAGUGCAGCAGAAGUCAAAGAUUUGAAAAAACAGCUCGCCAGCCUCCAGCGAAUCCAAAAAGUCACGUUCUCGCAGCUUUCGGAACUACGCGAGGAGAAGGAGUACUUCAUGAGCCAAGAAAAGAAGAGAGCAGAGCGUACUAAAACACGAGCGAAAAAGAAGCUGGGUCUUACCAACGGUGCAAAACCCAGUCGAGCUGACGAGGACGUGCAAAUGAACGACAGCGAUGGCGCCUCUUCUGAGUCUGAGUCAGACGAUAUUGAUGCCUGA